AUGAAGGUUAAAGUGAUAUCAAGAUCGGUCGAUGAAUUCACUCGAGAGCGAAGUCAAGAUCUUCAGAGGGUUUUUCACAACUUCGACCCAAGUCUUCGACCAAUGGAGAAGGCCGUUGAAUAUCAGAGGGCUCUUACAGCUGCCAAGUUAGAAAAGAUAUUUGCAAGGCCCUUUGUUGGGGCAAUGGAUGGGCAUCGCGAUGGAAUCUCGUGUAUGGCGAAGAACCCAAACUACCUGAAAGGGAUUUUCUCGGCUUCUAUGGAUGGAGAUAUUCGCCUUUGGGAUAUUGCUUCAAGGCGUACGGUUUGCCAAUUUCCUGGUCAUCAAGGUGCUGUGCGUGGUCUUACAGCAUCAACCGAUGGCAAUGUAUUGGUUUCAUGCGGAACUGAUUGCACUGUUCGUUUGUGGAAUGUUCCUCGUCCUACACUUGAAGAUUCUAGUCUUUCAUCUGAAAAUUUAGUUGAGCCAUCUGCAGUCUAUGUCUGGAAGAAUGCAUUCUGGGCUGUUGAUCAUCAGUUUGAAGGUGAACUUUUUGCUACGGCCGGAGCUCAAUUGGAUAUAUGGAAUCAUAAUAGGUCUCAGCCAGUUCAGAGUUUCCAGUGGGGAAAUGACUCUGUAAUAUCAGUCCGGUUUAAUCCCGGAGAGCCUGAUAUAUUGGCAACAUCCGCUAGUGAUCGCAGCAUAACCAUUUAUGAUCUUCGUAUGUCUUCUGCAGCAAGGAAAAUUGUCAUGACGACAAAAACAAAUUCAAUCGCAUGGAACCCCAUGGAGCCUAUGAACCUGACAGCUGCUAAUGAAGAUGGCAGUUGCUAUAGCUUUGAUGGUAGAAAGUUGGACGAAGCCAAGUGCGUGCAUAAAGAUCAUGUGUCUGCAGUGAUGGAUAUUGAUUUUUCACCAACUGGUCGUGAAUUUGUUACGGGUUCUUAUGAUCGGUCUGUGAGAAUCUUCCCAUACAAUGGAGGACACAGCAGGGAAAUCUACCAUACAAAGAGGAUGCAGAGAGUAUUCUGUGUCAAGUAUAGCUGUGAUGCUACGUAUGUAAUAUCAGGCAGUGAUGACACCAAUCUCAGGCUAUGGAAGGCCAAAGCAUCAGAGCAAUUGGGAGUUAUUCUUCCAAGGGAACAAAAGAAGCACGAGUACCAUGAGGCUGUGAAGAACCGGUACAAGCAUCUUCCUGAGGUCAAGCGUAUUGUGAGGCACAGGCACUUGCCAAAACCAAUAUACAAAGCACAAGCAUUGCUCCGAACCAGGAACGAUUCAAAGAGGAGAAAAGAGGAACGAAUAAAAGCUCACAGUGCUCCAGGAACAAUUGUCAAGAAACAUCUGCGGAAAGCAAGGAUCAUCAAAGAAGUGGAGUGA